AUGGGCACGGGAGUCUUGAACAGCGGCCGGCUUACCAGCGGAGGCUCACAAACGGACGUGCAGACGGUGAUAGUGAUGGACCUCCUAGGAGGCCCUCAGCCAAUUGCACGAUUGGCCCUCUCCUGCCGGGAGAUGCUGGAGCAGCUGAAGGAUCCAAGGAGUGGGCAGCUUCGCGUGUCCACUGCAAGCUUCCGCGCAGCCCAGCCAGCGCUGCUGGCACUGGGCGUCGGUGACGACUGCAGGCAGCUUAGCCUGGAUCGUCUGCGGACGCUGCAUCUGGAUGUGCUCGAGGAGAGCGGCCAUUUGCCGCAGAGGCUGGCGGACCGGCUCCUCAGCAGCUUGGGUGGCGCGUUGACCGCCGCAAAGCGUACUGCGGCACUGCCUCUGGAGGAGCUUUCCUUGCGUCUGGCCUCCUUCGCGGACCACGCGGAGCCACUGAGGCCCAGCGCCGAUGCCCGCAGCGCCCUCAUCCUGGGCCUGGAGUCCCUGCCGCUCCGGCGACUGCAGCUCAGCUUCCUGCCGCUGCGCCAGAAGGAUGUGUUGGAGAAGGUGGAAGAUGCCAGCGGCGGAAGGUCGUUAACCUUCACGACUAUGCUCAAAGGGCUGUGCCAUUUGGAGCAUCUCGUCCUAACCCACAACGGCAUGUUUGGAGACGUCGCCAUGGAGCUGGCCAAGGCAGUGCAGCAGUUGAACCUCCGCACCGCAGACUUCUCCAGAAAUCGUAUCUCUGUGGAGGUUUGGAAGAAGGUCGCCGCGGCGCUCGGGAGUUCUGUGAAACUACAAGGCUAUGAGUCGCAGACAUCAACUUGCUGA